AUGCAUCCUUAUCCGGUCUUCUAUAUAAAGCUACUAGCUGCUCGUCCCCCGGAGUUUUGACUCCUCCUUCCUCGGAGUUCUUGUAGGAAGAAACCUCCGAGGACCCGCGAGGACCUGCUCGUCCACUUCGGCGGCGUUGACCGUGGCGCUAGCGCUGAGGAUGAAGCUCUUGGGCGUUUUCGCGUUCUCCCUCGUUAUGCAGCGCAAUAACGAGAACUACGCGGGCCGACCUCUCCGGGAAGACGCGGCAGAGAUCAUGAAGCUCCAAAGUAAGACAUUAGGGUUCUAA